GCCUGCAUAGCACGUAACCACGUGUCCCUGUACCAAAAUCACCACGAGUUCUUUAUGAUAUAUUGUACGGCGAACCAAGCUGAUUGGAAAACGAACCCCCUUGGUAAGGUUAUUGAGUGUGGCAAUCAGUACAAUGAUAUCCCGGAUGAUGGGGUUGGCCUAGACCUGUGUGCCAAUGCAAAUGUACAGAGUGACCCAUACUUGGAGGAGGUUAUAGCCGCCACCGACACCCUGUACCCGGAGUUUACUUCCGCAAGCGACCCACUCGUAAUAAUCAAUGGCCGCGUAAACAACAACGCAAAUACUCAAUUGAAAACGGAAGUGUGCAAGGCAUAUCCUACAAUCAGUGUCACCUUCCGGACAUGUAUAGACAUUUUUACCCUGAGCAUCGGGAACUCUAAUCGCUCUACCCCACGACCAGGCACCAAUAUGUCAUAA